AGAUUGCCCAAAGAGCGCUCCCAAGGCACCCUUCCGUAGCCAUUUUGGCUCAAGUUUGGCUCAAUCAGACCAGGAGAUUCGGCUCAGCUGGCCUGAAAGGCUUGGAAGCCAUGCUUCGUUCCUGCACAUUUGCAUCGGUUCUUUGUUGGCGCGUCGUUUGGGCUGGAAGGGAAUCGGCCUCGGUGCAUGAUGCGAAUUCUGACGACACGUCCGAUGCUGCCCCCCUCUUUGAAUUCGCAGUGCCGGUUGCGAAACCAGCCGCGCGAGCCGUGCGCCAUGAAGUGGCCUCAUCGAUCUCACGUGAGAAGAUCAUUCAGUUUCUUGCGAAGGGCUGGGUGAUAAUGAAUGACAUCUUGCCAGAGCUGCGGUCAGUAGACUCUUGAGAGCAGUCCCAGCGUGCUUUGGCUAAGACGAUGCAGACGUAUGUGAAUUAUUCCUUAGAUUUCGUCUGGAAGGUUUACGCGGUCAACUGUUCAGACAAGAGUAUAGUGGAAGUGUGCGGGGUCAUUGAUACGGAGUCUUGUAGCAACCCGUCUGUCGCAGACGCGGCCAUACACAGUUCUUUUGACAAUCUGAAUUGUUGCGUCGAUUACGUCAACAUUCGGAGGCUAAAGGUGUGACGGCUGGUGCUCAGGUACAUGGGCAUAUUCGGUACUCAAAAGUGCUGCUGCCAUAUUUCCAGGCAUUGAACCUGCAUCGGCAUUCCGAAUUUCUGUCUGGCAUAGCUAAAAGUUCUCAUUUAGGUCAUAUCGCCUCGCAGUUGCUGCAGUAUCCCCGCGUGCGCCUUUACCAGACAGCUAUGUUCACGAAAGACGCGUCUUUACUCAACAAGGCGACGGGAUGGCAUAUGGAUUUAGUGCUGGUGCCUCUUGAUGUGAAGUCUGGUGGUUACGUCACUUUCUGGUGCCACAUCGGACGCCGGCUAGACAGCAGAAAAGAUUCCGUGCUCAUGUUUUCCGCUGGAUCGCACCGCGACUUGGCUAUGCAGUAUUGGUAUGGCCCACCCGCCAGUUGGGAUGGUCUGUUAGCAGAGCGUUUUGUCACCGAGAUGGCGCUCGAGCUCGACGUCGGAGAUUGCACUGCGCACCACGGGUGGAUGAUGCAUAAAGCACACAAGCAAAAUGCAGCUCUUGGAGCACGAAACGCGCUUGCUUUCUCGUAUGUGUCGGCAAAUGCAAUGCCGUUGCCAGAUUUGAAAGGCGACGGUCGUGGGCGAGCAGAUAGGCCGUUCCACAUGGAGGAUGAGCUAUCGUUUCGUGAUUGGUUUUAUGAUGUGCCGCAAUUCAAGCCUGUGGACCAUCCAUUGAUACCCUUGGUAUACGGUUGACGUGUAUGGCAACAUUCUGUUGGAUACACGAUAGAUACACCCGCGCCGUGUCAUAAUGAUUUAUCUUGUCGUGAUUGGCUUCGGUUUUGCUGCCGCAGUUUCAGCCGGUGGACGAUCCACAACUACCCUUGGCUUGCGGACUUCGGCCAUAUUCUGUAUAUCUGUUGAGAA